UCUGAACAAAAUAAAUACGUAAUUAAAUUGUUGUGUUGGUUUGAAAAAUGAUAUCUGAAGCGAAAACUGAAGAAAGUCAUGAUGAAAUUAAAGCGAAGAUGCAAAAUUUAACUGAACUUGCUAAGAGAGCGGCUCUCGAUUGUCAGAAACUUGAGAAAAAGUAUGAGGAAAAGGAAAAUCAGUAUAAGGAAUUAAAGAGAAAGUAUGAAACCCAAGAAGAAAAGUUAAAAAAAUUAACUUCUGUUUUGGAACCAGCAUGUAAAGAAUUUUCAGACAUGAGCACCAAGUACGAAACUGAACAAGAAAGUAGGAAAGAGGCUGAAAUGAAAUUCAAGGAAACUGAUAAAAAAUAUAAAAACCUCCAAAGACAAAGUCAAAUGAUGUUACAAAGGUUUAAUUUAAUGAGUAUUGAUUUAGAUAGCCCUUUAAUUGAAGAGACAUUGUCGGAAGACAAAAUUAAGAUUGAUGAGCUUGAAAAAACAAACAAACAGCUUUCGAAACAAAUAGAAGAAAUGCAAAAAGAAAUUGAAAAACAAAAGCAAAGUAUUAUCAAAUUGAACAGUGAUUUGUUCAAAACAUGGAAACAGCUAGAAGAAAAAAACAAAUUGCUGAAUAACUUUCAAAUAACGUCUGGUUUAGCGAUUCAAGAAUACAACAAAUUAAUUCAAUUGAAAGAAAAUGAAAGCUUCUUGAAAGAAGAGGCGGAAAACUUUGCAAGAAAGUGCUUUGCGGAACGCAAUGCAAUGGUCAGACAGAGUUCCAUUGUGCUAAACUCGGUGUCCAAUGAUCAAGGUUACAGAAAUGCUCUCAUGGAAAUUGAGAACAUCAAUCGACUGAAAGAAGAAGAGAAGCUUAAGUACGAGAGAGACAUUGCCAAACUGAAAGAAAUAAUAGACAACUCGAAAGAUGUUAAAAAAAUCGAAUCUUUGGAAGCCAAGUUGAAAAUUUCAAAUGAGGAAAUAGAAAGACUAUACAAUUCUCUUCAAGAGUUGACAAAAGAAACUUCAACAAAAGUAGAGACGAACGAACUGGAGUCUGACUGUCAACCAUCCUUUGCACCUCCUCCACCGCCACCUCCUCCACCUCCUCCUCCCCUUCCUCUCACGCCAGCCAUCAACCUCAGAACAAAAUCACCAUCGGCAGCCAAACAGCCGCCAGCUCAACUGUCCACACCUUCCAGAGAGCCAUCCAAGACGGAUGACUUAAUAAACGAGAUGAAGGAAAUGAUGAAACGAAUUCAAAGUGGCGAAAAGAAAACAUCGGCAACUGUGAGAUUCCAGAAGAAGCCGGUUGAGUCGAAGAGCCUGAGUCCAGCAUUCUUCGAACUCUCGAAAGUCCUCUCGAAGGCCAAGUCUAUGAAGGAAGGACCGAACAUCGAUUUGCCAGUUGUUGCCCCGAAGCCCAAACACUCACCAUCGCCACCGACGACCCCUCUCAACAAAACCUGCCCACAGGCAGCCGAAAUAGCGCGAACCACCAAUAAAUCAAGAAACAUGACGCAAGUAGCAAACAGAAGCAACCGAAUAUACAUUAGUGCCGACGCAAAUAAACACAACAAAACCGAGCCAGCAGUUGAAGACGAUGUAACAAAAAUAAAAACCGACUGCGUAACGUCGGUUAUAAAUUAAAUUCCAGAGAUUUUCGUUCGUCCGUUCGUUUGUUCGGCAUUAAAAUUAUUAUUCACGCCCUGUGACUUGCUUGAUUUCACUCACGAAAGUUAAACAGUUUUGAUAAUUUGAACGGUUUAUUAAAAAUCAGCACAAAUAUAACAGUUGUUAAUUAUAAUACUCAUAUAAAGUCCAUUUGAGACCAAAAUAAUUUAACAAAAUUGACAAAACAUGUUGAUAAUAAUAUUCAAGACAAAAAUAUUUUAUAUAUAAAUAAGUAAAAAAAAUAAUUUAUAAACAAAAUAAUUUAUUGGAAAGUAAUUGGUCUAUAACAGUCAAUAGAAUUUUAGAUAUUUGAUCCGAGCAAAAUCAUUUUAACAUUUAUUUGAAACUGCAUUUUAGCUAUCAAAGUCUGGUGCAAUAAGCUCAUGUAACAGUUUAUAAAAAGAUAAAUUGUAUAUUUAUAAUGAAAUAUUAUCACGAACUUCUGAACUUAGUAACAUCGUUUUAAAACUAGGUAGGACGAUAAAAAUUAAUUUCAUGAUUGCGGUACAUUGAUAGUCACGAAAACAUUCUUUGUUACAAAAAUGAUUCAUUUCAUUGGAAAGAAACGAAUUCUGAAUAAAUGAUUGGACAUGAACAGGACGGAUAAACAUAAAGUCCGAAUUUUGUAUGCUGACGCACGAGCCAACUCUUAAAAAAUGAUGACAUCUUAAUUUAAUUUUAUUUAUUCUAAAAAACUGCGCGCAUUCAUCUGCAUGUUUGUGUGAAUGUAUAAUUCCAAAAAAUAAAAUUUCAACAUAUUGCUUCAAACUAAGCCGAUCUAAAAAAAUAAAUUAAAUAAAAAUAAAAAUCAAUAAAAACAUUUGAAAUAAUGAUACUCUUGAAUACAUUCGUUCAUUAUUCUGUUGUUUAAACUGAUCAAAUUCUCCGUAAUUUAUUCAUUCAGUUCCUUUCAUUAAUUUAUCCAGU